UUUUUAAAUUCAAAAUUGUUUCAAUUUUUCUCAAGCUAGGUGUAUAGCCUGACUCACUUACAAUAAAUCCUAGGAAUUCCAUACUUGCCGAAGCAAAAAUACAUUUCUUGGGGCUAAGUUUCAAAUUAAAUCUUCUGAAUCUUUCAAAUACACUUCUUAAUGCCGUUAGGUGUUCAUCAAAAUUUUCGGAUUUUUUAUAAAUAAGAAUAUCAUCCACAUAAGCAAGAACAUUUUCAAGACCUGUCAAUACAUGCGCCAUGACUCUUGCAAAUGCACUUGUGGCAUUUUUAAGUCCAAAAGGGAGAUUGACCAUUUGAUAGACAUUGUCUUCAGUAAUGACUCCGCAUUUUCUUGAUGCUCUUUCACUUAGCUUAAUUUGCAGAUAGCCACUAGCUAAAUCUAAAGAUGUAUAAUAUCUGCAAUUUCCUACACGUUCCAAAAUCGUUUCAAGUCUGGGCAACGGAAAAUGGUCAGGUACUGUAAUUUCGUUUAAUUUUCUAAAGUCAAUGCAUGGCCGAAGCCCUCCAUCCUUUUUCUGAACUAGUACUAUGUUUGAUACCCAUGGGGUGUCUGACUCGAUCAUGACCCCUGAAGCUAAAAGCUGAUCGAUAUGCUUUUGUAAUUCAUCUCUGUAUUUGAAAGGUACCCUGUGGGGUCUUGAGGUUACUGGUUCUUCAGACGUGGUCACUAUGUCAUGUUCGCCUGCGGUGCAAUUACCUAAGUCAUAUUGGCUUUUACUAAAAACAUCACCAAACUCUUCACACAAUUCUUUUAAUUUCUUUAACUCCUCAUUUUUUACUGACGACUUAGUAAAAUCAAUUUUAAAACUUGGAUCAAUAAUUACUUUGGACUUCCCUAAGGAAUUUAAUUCUUGCUCUUUUCCUUCAGACUCUUCUUUUUCAAUUUCAGAAAGUACCUUUUCAUGACUUGUCUCAUAAAUUUCAUUCACUAAACCCAGGCCUUUGCCCUUGAAAACUCUUUUUACUUCUCCCGUGGGGUUCGAUAUAAUCACAGGUACUAUUCCUGAUUUUGGAUUUGUGACUAUUG